CGACCUCGACCCAAGCUGCCCAAAUGUCGCUGGCCACCGUUCUCGCAGACGAGUGGGCCAAUACCGUCGCACCAACCAACCCAGCAACCGCGAACGGUGCCCAGAAGAAGCCCAGACAUCGCCAUGCCCCAGAGCAGCUAGCAGCACUCAACGAGCUCUUCGAAAAGGACGAGCAUCCCCCGCUCGACAUUCGUUCUGCAUUGGCCGAGCGACUGGGAAUGGAAACAAAGACGGUCAACGCUUGGUUUCAAAAUAAACGGGCCUCGUCAAAGAAGCGAACCCGUACAGUGGCCAGCGAUCGGGCUAAUGGCUCCCAUUUAAACUCAACAAAUCCAAAUGCCCCAGCUGCUGCUAAUCCACCCGUUGUGCCCACUACCUCGGGUGAUCGCGACCCCGCAAACGACAACGACGACGACGAAUACCGUCCUUCGUCUCAGCAUACUCAGGCCUCGGCUCAGUCCAAGCCCGUUCAUUCGGAUAUCGUUCAGUCCUCAGGUCUCUCCACCUUCGUGGCCCAUACCGACUAUUCUCAGGCCGCCUUGGAACGCGACGAGUCGCCAGAGUCCAACAUGCCCAAGAAGAUGCGCAUGCGACCCACCAACGAACAGACAGAGGAACUCAAAAAGCUCUAUAACAGUAACCCUCACCCAACGGCAGAGGAAAGGCAGGCAUUGGCGGAGCGAAUUGGAAUGCGCUAUCAAAGUAUAACUAAUUGGUUCCAAAAUCAGCGAAGCCUUGCCAAACGUCGGAAGGACGAUGAACCUGUGGAGAGUUCUUCGAGCUCAAGAACCGAUUAUCCCCACAAUGACACGCGGCAGUACUCGGCGUUUCCCCCUCCGCCACCCCAUCAUAUGCACCCCAGUCUCACGUCCUCUUCGAAUACGACUGCCCUGCCUUUGACCGCAAACUCACAUGGCUCAGGGAAAUCUCAGCGCUCUCCUAGCCUUCCCCCUUCUGAUGAAGUCUCCCCUCGGAGAACCUCUCGUCGAAGUGCAACGCCCUAUAGCAGCGCAAUGUCUACUCGACCACGGCGAUCGAGGCCGGAGCCCUAUCAACUGGACGCUUUGAAGGUCCUGUUCACGAGGACUGCCACGCCCACCAUUGAGGAGCGAUCUGCGCUCGCUCAAGAAAUAGGGAUGGACGUUGGUAAAGUUACGAACUGGUUCCGUAACUUGAGGCAAACGGCCAGGAAGCGGGGCAGUCGAUUCAACGAUCCAGAUCACGAAGGUGGUGCCUCUGGUCUUGACGAAGACGAUGCCGAUAUGGAUCAAGACGAUUUCUCGUCUCCCAACUCUGGAUCAAGACCAACCUCGAGGAACGGAACCCCACCGUUGUCCGAAACUCGGUCUUCUUCAUCGUCUUCUUUGGAACGGGACGUUCGUACACGAAACUUGCGAGACCCUUCUCAAAGCACCCUGCCAAGCGACGACGAAGAUUACUCUGAGGCUAUCACACCAGAACCAGGAAAUUCGCCUUCCCCGGCGCCCGGGGCUCGCAACAAAUUCGAAGGUCGGGAACUUCCUCCUCCACACACUAUGCGGGAGGAACCCUACCAUCCACUUACUUAUCCAUACCACUAUUCGCAACAUCCUUAUGCCCCGCCUCCUCCCCCUCCGCACCCCCACUACUACCCUCGGCCACCGAUGGAUCUCUCAAGGAAACACCUCAUGGACCCUGUUGUCGAAGGACCGGUCGAUCUCGCUUUCCGACACUUUAAUCCAAGCAUAGCCAUCUUCGAUCCUUCCUAUCAUCCAGCUUCCCAGUCCUACUAUGUUAAUGAGGAUCCGGCCUACUGCGCGGAGCGAGCGAAACGACACGGAAUCAACAUCGAGGAUGCCUACCUUCUCCUCGACUUCCACCGACAGUAAUGCAGCAGGUGUCUUGCAUAAUAAAAAGCAAUCUGCCUGUACGUCGAGGGUCAAUGUGACCCUCGUUAUGACUCUUCACAUCAUUAAUGGAGUCCCCGGAUUUCAAAAAACCUUAUGCAUUGUAUCAUGUCUCCCUACAACCCCCAGUCAUCUAUC